UGGUUACGUCAGGAGGUCAGGGUGAAUGACUCGGAAGCAGUUGUGUCGAAUUCCCGUCUGAGGAGUGAACUAUGGAUCCGUACCCUCGAUCCUCGAUAGAAGAUGACUUCAACUAUGGCACCAGCGUGUCGACGGCCAGCGUUGACAUCCGCAUGGGAUUUCUGCGCAAGGUUUACAGCAUCUUAUCCGUACAAAUUAUUCUGACUACGGUGAUGUCCGCAGUUUUCCUGCAUAGCAACACCGUCAAGGAAUUCGUGCACGCUAGUCCCUCAUUGGUGUUGAUAACGGCUUUUGGAUCUCUGGGUCUCAUAAUUGCUCUGGCAAUCUACAGACAUCAACAUCCUGUUAAUUUGUAUCUUCUGUUUGGGUUUACCCUCUUUGAGGCUUCUACAGUGGCUACCAUUGUUACUUUCUAUGACUAUUCAGUAGUUCUGCAAGCAUUUGCUUUAACGACUGCUGUAUUCAUUGCAUUGACUGUCUACACGUUUCAGUCAAAGAGAGAUUUCAGUAAAUAUGCAGCAAGCCUCUUUGCAUGCCUGUGGAUUUUGCUCCUGGCUGGAUUGUUUAGGCUUUUCUUCUGGAGCAAUACAAUGGAACUGGUAUUUGCAUCUGCAGGAGCUCUGCUCUUCUGUGGCUUUAUCAUCUAUGAUACACAUGUAUUGAUGCACAAGCUUUCACCUGAAGAAUAUGUAUUGGCUUCAAUUAACUUGUACUUGGAUGUCAUUAAUCUCUUCUUGCAUAUCCUCCGAAUCCUGCAAUCAGUUAACAAAAAGUAACAACUAAUGAUAAUUACAGAGAAAAGUCUAGCUCUGUCUUCUAAGUGUAAGCUGUACGAAUGCACUUUGUCUAAAUUUCCUGUUUAAUUUUAUUAACUAACUUUGGUUUUGGUUGUAUUUAUGUUCACUAUCUGAUGUAGAUUAUCAGUUUGUACAUUCUUUUUAUUGAGGACAAAUCAGAGGUACCUUUGGAGAAAAGCACUAAAGUAGAAUUAAUACAAAUUGAAAACGUAUUUCAAUCCAGUCUUAAAAUCAACAACAUCUUGUUGUCUUUGCUUGGUAUGAAUUUAAAGAUUUAAAACUUUUAAAAGUUUCACUGCUUGGAAAAAUUUUGUUGAGCUGGGACAAACCAGUUUAGAUUUGGCAUUGUUUCAAUUGAAGAUUGUUCCUAUUAUUUUCGCUGUCUUUAUUUACUUAUUAUUUAAAUGCCCAUGGAUGGAAAUCCUAUACUUGUAAAGGCUCUGUCUUUUCAGUUGGAGACAUCACUCUUUAAAUAAAAUUUGAGUAACUUGCCCUUUCUAUUUAAGUAUUAAUUUUUGAAAGUACAGGUCGACCUUCACUAAUCCAACUACCUGUAAUUCGGUUCCUUCGAUAAUCCGGCACUGAUUAUGCUUAAUGUGAUCCUUCUGUAAUUUGGCAUUUUCACUAAUCCAGCACUCCUCAGGUCCCAAUCGUGCUGGAUUAGUGAAGGUUGACCUGUAAUAAUACUUUGUGAUCUUAAGUUCCAGGAAACCAAUUAUGGAAAUAAAAAUAAUGCACACAAAAUGCUGGAAUCUGGAUGUUUCAGGCCAAUCCAUAAAUGAUGCCUGACCUGCUGAGUUCCUCCAGCAUUUUGUGUGAAUUACUCUAGGUCUCUGGUAUCUGCAGAAUCUCUUAUGUUUAUGGAAAUAGAAAUACUUUUUAUUUGAAGUUUGUGCAGUUUAGUCUUACUGGGGUGAUGACAGAGGAACAAAUUUGCAGAUAUGGAGAAACAAGUUUCAGUAGAAGAGGGGAGGGUACAAAUGAGAGUGAUGAACACAGAAUGAUUAGAAAUGAGAAAAGCAUUUUUAAGUCAUCGAUAAAAUACUAAAUGUACAAAGCAAUUCAUCUGACUGAGAAAUUCUGAAGUCUCAGUACACUGCUUAUUCAAAAACUCAAGUUGAAUACCUGCCAGCAUUUUUCCCUUGCAGGCAUGUAAGUAGACAUCUAUUUUUCUCGACAAUAAUUCAGUUGAAGUGUCCCACGCAAUGCUACAAAAAUAUUUGAUGUAGCUAGUGCAUGAUAUAUAUAGGGGUCAAUGAUUGUGUGUUACACUGGUACAGCGUUACAGCACAGCUCCAACGACCCAGCUUCGAUCUUGACCUCUGGUGCUAUCUCUUUGAAGUUGAUAUGAUGUGGGGAGAAUAAAAUGGGAUUAGUGUAAGUGGGUGCUUGAUGAUUUGCAUUGACUUAAUAGGCCAUAAAACCUAUUCUAAUGCUAUAUGGCUGACUGAACCUGACACCAAUGUUAGUGUUAUGUGUGCACACCAGUUAAUUCGUACUUCAGUAACAGAUAAAUUUGAGUAAUACACACAAAAUGCUGGAGGAACUCAGCAGGCCUGGCAGCAUCUAUAGAAAAGAGUAAUCAUUUGACAUUUUGGGCUGAGAUCCUUCAUGAGCUAAAUUUGAAACUGAUUGGAUCAAGGAGGAGAAGAUGGCAGUGCGCGCGGCCACUUCGGUGGUGAUGUCUGUUAUCUGUCAAGUAGGGGACCGUGCGCAAUUCUGAUUUCAUGGAGACGGAUGUGAGAGUACAGAGGAACAUCUGGAAAACUUCUGAAAUGCCCGCUUCGCUGCCGCUGCUACUGUGUGGUAACCGGAAUCUCCAGAGCAGAAGGCCCCGAAAUCCUCGGCUUUGCUUGUUUCAGCGGCCGGGGCGAGGUCAAAGGCGCUGGUCGGAAGCUCGAAGUUUUCGGACGGAUGGACUCGGUGUCGGCUGCUUCUAAGGCAUCGGAAAGUUGACAGUGCCUGGAGGUUUAUGGCAGGGAGUUUCUCCCUUUUGCCGCCCGCUAUCGGGGACUCAGGAGUCGAUCGACUCGGGGACUUUUGAGGCUUUAUUUACCGUGCCCACGAUUUGUUGUUCUUCAAAUUAUGGUAUUGCUUUGCACUGCUGUAACUAUAUGUUAUAAAUUAUGUGGUUCUGUCAGUGUUAGUCUUUGGUUUGUCCUGUUUUCUGUGAUAUCACUCCGGAGAAACAUUGUAUGCAUUUCUAAAUGACAA